AGACGGCUGGCAGGAGCUGGAUGCGAGAAGCCGAAAAUAGAUCUCAGUGGCGUGCACUUGGAGAGGCCUAUGUCCAGCAGUGGACUGCGAUAGGCUGAUGAUGAUGAUGAUGAUGAAUAAGCCCUUUAGUUACUUGUUUGUUACCAUAGCAACUAUACCAAAUUGUCCAGUUGUUAUAGGUAAAUUGCCUUUUAGGACAAUAAUUAAAGAACCCGAUAAUUUAUACAUAAUAUGUGAACCAUUAAUUGCGUAUGUAAGAUGAGGUCAGCCUAGAAGUGGAAAAUUGAUAAUAAUGUGAAAUUGAUACCAAAGUGGAAACGAUGCGCGCGCAUUAUACAGGCUUGACCAGCAAUUAAGUAACAACACAAGGUUAAUGCUUGCUAUUGUUUUCGAUUUUUGUUAUGGAAAAAUGUAGUUUGCCUGGACCAGUCGUUUUGGUUUUGUGUGAAAUAUCUAGCUGUUCAGACCAAACACGUGACAAUAACAACUACCCAGCAUAGUAACAUUAAGUGGAAACAUUAUAAAGUAAACAAUACCAAUGGACAAAUGCUGUGCCUCACAUCAAUCUCCCAGACCACAAAGAAGAUUAAACGGAUUUCAAUUACCACUAAACCACCAACAAAUAAUCGGAUGGAUUGUCUUCAUCGCAACGGGAUCGUUAAAUUAUUUUAUUCUUAUUAAAAUACAAUUUGACGAGUUAAAGACCAUAGCUCUAGUGGUAUUUACGGUGCUGUACGUGUCUCACGUUUCAUCACAUCUUUGUGCGUCGCUGUUAGACCCCAGUGAGACCGAAUUAAGAAAAUUAGAAGUUUAUAAUGUUCCUGAAUUCAACCGAGAAAUCCACGCACACGUUAUUGAGAAUGGAAGAUGUCAUCUGUGUAAUAUACAUACUAGCGGCAGAAGAACCAAGCAUUGCAGUAUAUGCAACAAAUGUGUGGAGAACUUCGACCACCACUGCAAGUGGCUCAACAACUGCAUUGGCCGCAGGAACUACGUGGCGUUCAUUUCUUGCGUCACUACAGCGUUCAUGAUAUCAGCGUUUACGUCAUCGCUGUGUGCCGCAGAUAUUGUGAUAUUUUUUACAAAUCCAAAAUAUUUUAGUAUUGAAGCACAAACUUUUACUAACUGCAGUGCAUUAUACAACACAACGUCGGUAACGCCGAGUUUUUGUAGAAAUUCAAUAUCUCUCUUUACGUUUUUAGUCAUAUUUUGUGUAGUAUCAACAGCAAUAGGAUGUGCCUUAUUACAUUUGUGCUGUUUUCACAUUUACAUCUCUCUGCUAGGAGUAACGACAUAUGAAUAUGUGGUUAGAAGUGGGGACUCAGAAGUUCCUCCUUACAAAUAUGUUAGGAACUGUAAAUGUUGCAGGUGGCGCAUGUCACAGGAAUUGUAUGCCAUAAGAAAAUCAAACGGGAAUAUUCAAAGUCAACAAAACCCUGAUACAAGUAAAUGGAAUGUUUCACGUACUACACACCUAGAGAAUGGGGAAGCCAAUGUUCUAAAUUUUAUAAGCAUAUUAAUUAACAACGAGUUAGGUAAAGCUAGGAAAAUAUUUUUAUAUGAUAAGAAUAAAGUACACCCACAAGAUGGAAAUAGUAGUGGUAGAUAACGUAUAGUUUGUACCUUUUUUCAAAUUUUUUCACGACUUUUUAAAAUGCUAAACAAUACUUAGUUCUGUUUUAAUAAUAAGGAAAUGUUUUACAUUUUAUUAACUAAAUAUUUUAUUUUAAAGAAAAACCCACAUGCGUGAAAAAUAUCAACUAACGAACUGAAAGAGAAGAAACGGGGGUCCUAUCUCUCUUCUUUUGCUUAUCUAGCUAGAAAGAAGAAGACAGCUACCUCAGCUUGAGUAGAAUAAAUCAUUUUUUAUCGCGCUUUGUGUGAGCACUAUGUAUAAUAUUAUUUUACUAAUAUUAUGUAAGCUUCAAAUUAAUUAGGACGAUCGUUAAUCGUUAUGUUCAUAUGGCUUAGUUUUAACUGACCCCUCCUAAUUUUAACUAUCCUGUUCUUUUUAUAAGCUUAGUGCAGCCUGCCAAAUAUGUGCUAUGAUGCAAACACUAGUUACCGAUAACGAAUAUUUAGGUAAGUAAAUAGAAGACAAAUGGGAACAUCAACUAUAAAAAAUUGAAGUAACGGGACAAAAUAGUUCGUCAUAAAAUUAAUAUAUUACCUAAUUAAAUAGUGCUUUCUCGUUUUUGGUCAGUUUAAUUUAUUCGCUGUUUUGAUGUAACUCACAGACUUAUCUCACAGAUAGCAACGGUAGUCAUGUAGGUCAUUGCAUAGGUAGAUAACCAUUUUUUGAUUUGGUCUUCUACAAGAGCCCUGUGAAGUGAAUGAUCAAGAAUUAAAUUUACGUCAUUGCUGAUUGUCAAACUGCACGCUUUUGAUGUUUCAAAUAAUAUGUAUCGUAAAAACUUUUGUAUCAUGCAGAUAAUACAAUUUUACUAUGAA